GUCUAUGAUGUGAACCUUCUCUGAUUCGGCCCGGUUCUGUGUAAAAGUGGACUUUGGUCGACUGAGCGGGUCUGAAGGCACAUCUUCAUUAACUCUGAGAUGAUUUAAUCACAUAAAUUCAUACCCGCGCUUCAGUAACGCCUCAGUGUCUCGGGCGCAGCAUCAUGUCCGUCAGCUCCGUCAGCUCCGUGCACUGGUUCAGGAAGGGUCUGCGUCUGCAUGAUAACCCGGCUCUGCUGGAGGCCGCCCGGGGCUCACACACGCUGCGCUGCGUGUACUUCCUGGACCCCUGGUUCGCCGGGGCCUCCAACCGCGGGGUCAACCGCUGGAGGUUUCUGCUGCAGUGUCUGGAGGAUCUGGACUCCAGUCUUCGUAAACUCAACUCCUGUCUGUUCGUCAUCCGUGGUCAGCCGGCUAACAUCUUCCCGCGCCUCUUCAAGGAGUGGAAAGUGUCUCGGCUGACGUUCGAGUGUGACUCAGAGCCGUUCGGGAAAGAGCGAGAUGCAGCUAUAAAGAAACUGGCGUCUGAAGCAGGAGUGGAGGUGAUCGUGAAGACCUCGCACACGCUUCACGACCUGGACAGGAUCACGGAGCUGAACGGUGGUCAGCCGCCGCUGACGUAUAAACGCUUCCAGACGCUGGUGAGCAGCAUGGAGCCGCCGGAGCCUCCGCUGGAGCCGCUGACCCGAGAGCUGCUGGGAGACUGUGUGACGCCCAUCAGCGCAAACCACAGAGAGAGAUACGGGGUGCCCCUGCUGGACGAGCUGGGAUUCGACACUGAGUCUUUGGAUCCUGCUGUUUGGCCCGGAGGAGAAUCAGAGGCGCUGAUGAGGUUGGAGCGACACUUCGGACCCGACUCCAACACGGCGUGGAAGGAGAACUUCGAGCGUCCGAAGAUGAGCUCCAGUCCGCUGCUGGCCAGUCCGCUGGGCUUGAGCCCGUACCUGCGCUUCGGCUGUCUGUCCUGCCGUCUCUUCUACUACAAACUCACUGAACUCCACAACAAGGUGAAGAAGAACGCAAGCCCGUCGAUUUCUCUUUACGACAAGCUCUUAUGGAGGGAGUUCUUCUACACGGCGGCGAGCAACAACCCGCGCUUCGACCGCAUGGAGGGAAACCCCAUCUGCAUCCGCAUCCCGUGGGACAGGAACCCCGAGGCGCUUGCCAAGUGGGCCGAGGCCAAGACGGGCUUCCCGUGGAUCGACGCCAUCAUGACCCAGCUGCGUCAGGAGGGCUGGAUCCAUCAUCUGGCGCGGCACGCCGUGGCCUGCUUCCUGACGCGAGGAGAUCUCUGGAUCAGCUGGGAGGAGGGCAUGAAGGUGUUCGAGGAGCUGCUGCUGGACGCUGACUGGAGUGUGAACGCCGGGAGCUGGCUCAGUCACUCCUGCAGCUCCUUCUUCCAGCAGUUCUUCCACUGCUACUGUCCCGUGGGAUUCGGACGCAGGAUUGACCCCAACGGAGACUUCAUAAGACGUUACUUACCCGUGCUCCGAGAUUUUCCGGCCAAGUUCAUCUACGAUCCCUGGAACGCACCGGACGACGUGCAGCGGGCUGCCAAAUGUGUGAUUGGCGUGGAUUACCCCAAACCCAUGGUGAACCACGCUGAGGCCAGCCGCCUGAACAUCGAGAGGAUGCGGCAGAUCUACCAGCAGCUCUCCAGAUACCGCGGACUCAGUCUUCUUGCAACUGUUCCAUCCAAUCACAAGGAGGUCGUGGGUGCAAAUGAAUCUCAAGGAGCAACGGCGCCCCCUACAUGCUGGAGGACCCACUGCAGCACUUCGUCUCACACAGGGGUCAGGAGAGAACAGCAGGGAGCAAGCAGAGCGAGACAUAGCAUAACAAGACAGCGACACGCCCUCAGCCACCGUACAUCACCCUACACCAUCCAGAGCGACCUGACGGAGCGCAGCCACGAGUUUGCCAUCCCUAAACAACCAGGGCGUCUGAUUUGGCCGGCUGGGGGUGGGACUGGAAGGAGUGAAAAAGAGGAGGCGGGGCUUAACCGUUGCCAUGGUGAUGAUGGCCCCUCCUCCUCCUCUUCAGCACCAAAAGCCCAAGAUGAUGAAAAAAUGCAGGAAGAUGCGGAGGGCGUGGCCUUCUGUUCCUAAGCUCCUCCCACUGAUGGAUUCGCAGAACGUACUACAACCUUUCCUCGUGUGUUAAACACAAACAUGAGUAACUCGAAACGGUUUGUCCAAUCAAAUCGUGGUGAAAAAUGCAAUUUUUACAUUUUUAGAAAUUUUAUACAAUUUCAAUUAACUAAAAUGUAAUUAUUAUCCCAAAAACUGAUUUUACAAAUCAGAUGUAAAUACUUUCUUCAUGUCAUUAAACUUUAAAACUAAAGGUCCUUUCACACCAAACUUUAAACGAAUGAGUGCAACGUCAGUUUGAACAACAAUCUAAAUAAUAACUAUUUAUUUAUAUUUAAGAAUGUAGUUGACGAAAACAUGAACCAAAGCUCAAGUCUUAUUGGUCUCCAUGUUGAAAAAUCGAGUGCCUCCUAUUAUUUGCUGUAAAAAGUAAAAAAAUCGCAAACAGCCGAAGAAAAACAUGCGUUGUGCCACAUUUCAACUGAUCCAGAUUUGCUCAGUAUUAUGGAUGAAUGGAAGAGUUUCAGCAGCGCUGCUCUGAUCCGGACUCACCUGUACAUACCUGCGUCUGUUUCCAUGGUGAUGUGAGAGUCACAUGACCGCUGGAUUGUGUUUGGGUCCAAACUAUUGUAACUGAAUGAAUGAUUGUCUCAUCUGUAAAAACAACUUUGUUUUGCUCCAUUUGUUCAGUGUUUUUGCACAAAUAGAAUAAUGUAGAAUAGGCUCGUCGUCAGUCUUCCAUCGCUGUACAUUAUUGUCAUCGCUUCCAUCUCUAUGUACUCCAGUGUUUUGUAUAUGACAGCUGUAUCUUAUGGAGGUGUACAUUUUUACCAUUUGUGUUUUCAGUUUUUAUAAAAAAUAUUAGUAGCUGUUUUGAAUUUUAAAGAUAAAUUAUAUCUAUCUAUCUAUCUAUCUAUAUAUAUAUAUAUAUAUAUAUAUAUAUAUAUAUAUAUAUAUAUAUAUAUAAAUAUAUAAAGAGCUGGGUAGUAACGGAUUAGAUGUAAUCUGGAUUACGUUAUUAGAUUCCAAAAAUUAAGUACUUAAAAUACUUGUAAUCAGACUACAUUUACUUUUUUAUUGAUUACAUAAUAUUUACAAAAUUGCAAUAAAAUAUUAAUUAUUGUUGAUUCUCCUUAAUUCCUAUUUUUCAUUUUUAAAUGUUCCUUUCUAACAUAGCUGUUCUUUAAUCGCACAAACCUCCUGAACCCCAGUUUGGGAAACCUUGACAUGAUGUAAUGUUUAUUACAACAAAUGGAAUAUAUUCUCUUAUUCUCUGUAUUUGUAUAUCAAUAUGUCCUAUUUAAAUCAGUGUGAUAAACUAGUUUGGUCAAAAGUAAUCAGAAAGUAGUCUGAUUAUAUUAUCUAAAACGUCUAAUUGAAUGGGUUACAUUAAUAAGUAAAUAUUUUGUCAUGUGAUCAGUAAUGAACUUCUGUUUGUAAGUAAUCUGCCCAGCGCUUUGUAUGUGUGUGUGUGUAUAUAUAUAUAUAUAUAUAUAUAUAUAGAUAGAUAGAUAGAUAAAGAUAUAGAUAGUACUCACAUUUGUUUCUUAGUCUGUGUGGUACUUAAUCAGCCAGCUAAUAAAAAAAUAUUUAAACAUA